AUGAGCCCGUGGCUCUGCCUUGUCUUGCAGCUUCUCGUGCCGAUCCAAACGAUGUCCUGCUCCAGCCUGUGCGUCCCCAGCUGCGGAGUGGCCACCCCGGCCCCUCUGGCUGACUCCUGCAACGAGCCCUGCGUGCGGCAGUGCCCGGACUCCACGGUGGUGAUCCAGCCGCCGGCCUCGGUGGUCACCUUCCCCGGGCCCAUCCUCAGCUCCUUCCCGCAGCAGAGCGCCGUGGGCUCGGCAGGAGCUCCCUACGUGGGAGGCGGCUCCGGUGGCUCCUUUGGAGGCCGUGGUGGCUUCGGCGGCUCUGGGGGCUACGGUGGCUACGGUGCCUUCGGGGGCUUUGGGGGCUACGGGGGCUUUGGGGGCUGUGGCCGCAGCUCCAGGUCCUUCGGGGGCUCCUGCGGGCCCUGCUAA